UUUAUUUGCGAUUGCGAAUUCAUCCAAAUUUGAUCUUCUGGUGAUGAAGCUGAAGAGGAAGAAUCUCACUUUUCCAAUAAUUUCCACGACCUGGACCACGGGAGAACAUUUUUUGGUGCAGGACGCAAUUCCAAUUUUUGCGGUUAGAUUCCUUCGAUUUGGUCGUGUCGAUUUCCCUAAUAUAUUCGUUAGGAAGGCAUCAAUGGCAACAUGUAUUAGUUUACUUGGACCUAGUCCCCUACCCCUUCCCCUUCCCACCAUACAUCUUCGCCGCCCCACGUUCAGUAAAAAUCAUAUGUUCAUCAUCGUGGCCGGAUCACCAGCACGACCUAUCGUUCUUGUACUUGUUCGUACAGCAUAUAGAAAAGAACACUAGCAGCAAGAAAAGGAAUACGAUAAUGAUCGACGCACCUGGUGCAGCGGCUCCCGCCCCAGUCGACCGGCACCCGGAGGAGGCUCCCGCACCACCGCUCAAGUACCGUCUGGUGCAGUUGUGGCAGACCUUUGUGGGUUUUUUUGUCGAUAGCGACUACAAAAAUGCAGCAGCUGCAAGAGACAAUUAUCAUUACAGUAGCGACGGGUACCGCAAUGCGGAUUUGGGAGCGGAGGAGAAUCUUUUUUACUACGACCAAAGCGACAAAUGUUGGAAAAAACAGGGCGAAACGGAGGAGCAGCGCCACCAUAGGCACGUCGAGGCGCUCCAGCGAUCCGGCCUCACGUCCGCGCAAAUUGAGGCGAACAUGCAGUUUGUGGGGCCGCAAGCCCAGCUCCCGGCCUACAACGCCGCGGUCGCCGCCGCGUACGUCCCACCCCCGCCACCGGACAAGCGGACCGCCGCCGAAAAGGAAGCCUUCGCGAGGAACAUUAACGAGGAAAAAAACGCGCAUUGGAGCUACACCGACUGGACCACCGGGCUGGAAGUCCAGCUCGGAGGUGGAAGUAAAAAUCAUGCUGGGACGGGCGGCGGCAGUGGAGCUUUGAUACCCAAAACCCUCGCAGAACUUAACGUGGAACGGGGAUUGAACCAGCGAGCGCAGGAUGUGGCGUACGGACCAAACACUAUGGUAUUGUCAGGAUCGAAAUCGUCAAAGUUGAAAUAAUUUGUGAUGCAGAAAACGGAAACCAGUUGGCGGCUAGUUUUCAAGUGGCGCAUGACAAAUUGGGGUAGAGCCGAAAUCCACUCUGUAAUGCUGUUUGGGUAAGGAAGACGCGUUUUGUCAUGCUACUUUAGCAGUGCUAUUUCUAUCCCUCGACAGACUUACAAUCUGCCUCACUUGCCUACUCUGCAAGACACGCACUUUGUGGGUUGCACUUUAUGCAUGGCAAACUAUUUCAACUUUGACGAUUUCAAUCCUGGCGCUCCCAUAAACACGGUUCCUUUUGUAGUCCCCCCGACCACGGCUGAACCGGCGACAACAUCGCUCCCUGUUCAUCCUACUUUCGGCGCAACCACAACAACUGGGGCUCCAUAUGGAGCUCCUUCUGGUGGUGGUCCUCGUGGUGCUGCCCCCGGUGGACUUUCAGUUUCAUCAUUUGAGGGCGCCUCUAACUACUACACGACCUCCGCUGCAAAUGCAAUAACGCCAGGCCACACGGAGUCUUGUUCCUCUCCAGCUGCACAUGUUGCAAAGGCUCGAGGAGUCACGACCCCAAGACGAGGUAGGGCAGGCGGCACGGGACAAGCUGCUGUUCGUGAAGACGGCGGUGGUGGGCCGCAACAACAUGCCGCCAGACCGAAACCAAGUCCUGUGGUAGCAACAACGAAUCCAUUUGGAUAG